AUGUCGUUCGUUGUACUAAUUGUAGUCUUCUUCAGCCAGCUAUCGGUCUUCUUCACGGUAGCAGCAACUUCGACAUUAUUUCGACACGGAACUGUCAUAGGCUUCAAUCAGCAAACACAAACACCCAAUAUUCUUUGCAAUACUUCUAUCCUUGUUGAAGGGGAUACUAUUACUGCUAUAUUCGGAAGUCAUGAGGAUGGCUCUAUCCAUGUACCACCUAACGCAGAGGUCAUCCCGGCAGAAAACCUGAUAAUCUCUCCCGGAUUCAUCGACACACAUCGGCACACCUGGCAAACUACGUAUAGAACAAUUGCGUCCAACAUCACAUUAUCCGAGUACUUCGUCCGGUACAGUCCGCUGUCGGAAGUACUCAAUCUCUUCUCACCGGAUGACUUUUAUCUGUCUCAAUUAGUUGGUAUAUGGGAGGCCUUGAAUGCUGGUGUCACGUCCCUGCUUGAUCAUUCCCACAAUAUAAAUUCCAGAGAGGUCGCCAACGCCGCAAUCGAUGCCUACACUGAUAGUGGUGCUCGUGUAUGGUUUGGCUACGGUUUUGAUCCAACCGGUAACUUCACUAUACCGAGCCGAGCAACACAUAUUCGAGACCUCGCAGGCGACCAGCGACUAUCAGGAAGCCUUGUUGAGUUAGGAAUGGCUUUUGAUUCCUGGGGUGCCGUGAGCGAAACGGAUCUACAAGAGGCCAUAAAUGUCCUCAAAAACGGCAAUUUGUCUGUGUUAACAACGCACUGGCUUGAUGCGCAGUGGAACAUUCGACACGGGCCAUCGCUAUUUCAAAGAUUAGGAAUCAUCAACGAAAGCUUUCCAAUAGUGAUGUCCCACGGUACCUUCAUCACGCCGGCCGAGUACCAGCUUCUGAAGGAUUACAAUCACUACGUUUCCAUAACCCCAGAAUCUGAGAUGCAUUUCGGACACACCAACUACGAGAGUGACCUUAUCAUGGAUCAAGCCGCUCUCGGGGUGGAUACGCACGCUACAUACUCGGGUGAUAUGGUCAAUCAGGCUAGAAUAUGGCUUCAGAGCGUUCGCCUGCGGUCCUACAAGAAGAUCUUGGAUCAAUGGAAAAUCCCACGACUAAGCCCCAUGUCAGUAAAUCAAGCAUUCUAUCUUGCUACGCGCGCCGGUGCCCUGGCUCUCCGGCGCCCUGACCUUGGCAUUCUUGAAGUUGGAGCCAAGGCCGACUUGGUCGUUUUUGAUGGAAGGUCCACCAACAUGGUUGGGUGGAGAUAUCCUGUCGCUGCCAUCAUCUUGCAUUCGCACGUAAGUGAUGUGGUUCAUGUCAUAGUUGGCGGUAAUUUCAUCAAGCGGGAUGGAAAGCUCACAGCGGAAAAUGUUGCGAACAUUACAACAGAGUUCGCACGUUCUGCAGCCAGGAUUCAGGAAGAAGCCAUCAAUGCACCUUAUCAUAUGGAAGGAGGGUUUGUUUUUAAUCCUGUCCUACCGCCCGCUUCUGGCGACCCUGUAGAUGUGGUUAUCGGUGAGGGCACGGGUUAUUAG